CGACCCUGAUCACCAAAAUGACGUUGAUGCACCUUGUGCAAAGAAAAUAAAAAUUUCACAACAUAACGAUAAUAGUGUGAGUGAGAAUAAUUUGGAAUUGAAAGAAUUUAUACCGGAGAAAAUAUUGAACAAUAAUACGAAUAGGAAGACGGUUACCAUUCAGGGUAAAUUUAAGGGUAAAAGUGGCGUGGCUUUGGUUUUAUUUGAGAAAAAUGCGUUCAAAGAGGAAGAUUUGAAUGAUACGGGCUAUUUUUCGGCGGACACAGAGCUCAAAACGUUUUUCCAGAACGAUAUUUACGGAAAUUACGAGUGCUUCCCGCUUCGCGCGUUGAAUGGCGUUAAAACUACAGUGAUAUAUCCAGCUACAGAGAAGCAUAUCACAAAGUUUACCUUGCAAGAGGUCCACCUUAUAUUGGAGGCUCCGAAACUUUACGAGAAGUUAACGCUACCACAUAUUGAGAAAGAACAGUUCAAUUUGCAGUGGGUAUAUAACAUCUUAGAAGGCAAAAGUGAGCAGGACAGAAUUGUCCACAACAACAAGUGCGAGAAGGAAGGCUUUGUACUGCUCCCUGACCUCAAGUGGGACGGUGUGACGAAAGAGACUCUGUAUCUGCUUGCUAUUGUGCGUCAGAAGGGCAUCAAGUCAUUGAGGGAUUUGGACGGUAGCCACCUUCCGCUGUUGAAAAGAGUCCGGGACGAAGGAAAGAAAAGUAUCCUAGACAAGUACAAGGUCCCAGGCACUCAGCUGCGGAUCUACCUGCACUACCAACCGUCGUUCUACCACCUUCACGUCCAUUUCACGUACUUGAGGCACGAGGCACCCGGCAUCUAUGCAGAGAAGUCCCACCUCCUCGACACGGUCAUCGACAACAUCGAAAUGAUGGGAGACUACUACAAAAAAGCAACUUUACCUUUCACCAUCCGAGAGAUGGACAAUAUCUUCAAUGUUUACGAAACCAACGGAUAUGUGCAAAGAAUUAAACCAAAUAUUAAGAUCGAGCUAAUUGAGGCUAAAGAUCCAUUGAGUAUCGAUUAAUUUAAGCAAAAAUGUUGAUCAAGAAUAUUUUUAUGGAGCUGCGCUCAAGGCUGCGAAGCUGUAACGUUUAUAUUACCACUGGAGUUGAUUUCAGCAAGAAUUGCAAUUUGAAAAUCAGCAUACAAUCCAACUGUAUCGUCAUCAAUCUUUACGACGAUUAUAAGUUGAAGAGAAGCGACAGUCUUUCCUCCAUUGAAAGCUUGUCGGACUGUGAUGAAUAUGACGAAGAAACGGAUGUUACCGCAGUUAUUCCUAUCGAUGAGUUCUGCUAUCUAAUACCGAAUUCUAUGUCAUGUCUUAAAAUUAACCAAAAUACGAUUUCCUUCCGGAUUCUCACCGAACCAAAGAACGGUGGUAAUUUCUAUAAUGAAAUCUUGUCUCCGAAUAAAUCGCCAGACUCAGUAAAAACUAGCAAGUUGAAGAUAAACGUCCAAGUUGAUAAUGAGCUGAAGUUUAUCUGCAGAAACUGUUCUAAUGUCGUUUCCGAAGAGUCAGUGAAGUUUGACCGCGUUUUAGAGCUUCCGUCGGUCAACAUGGAUAUAUCGGACUGGUUCUGCCAUGCUCAUGGCAGUACAAACCAUGAGGAAGUCUUGAAACCAAACAAGAAAGAUUUCCUCUACAGACUCACAUUCUUUCAAAUCAACAAGAACUCUUUGGCUGAAAAAACCAACAGGUUCAAUUCCAAAAGAGAUAUUUACCAUUGCAACCGAUGCCUGGCCUGGCUGGGACUCAAAACCAAGGAUAGUGUGAAACUAUUCAAUACAGAAGUAAAAAUAAUUCAAAAUGGCACGGAGCAGGCUGUAUUUUCUCACAAGUCUCCUUCAGAUAACAUGACAACCGAUGAUUUUAUAUUUACCAUUGAAAAAAUGACUCAAGAAUUCAACCUCGGAUUACAAUACACAGUAAUGUGCAAAAUUGUCUUGGAGUGUGCUAUUUCAGCCAAUAACAAGCAAUACUUACUCAUUUGGGUGAUGGAUAGGGAACUGCAAGUACUGAAAAACAUUGGAGAGUUUAUUGAAAAUGAUAAAAUUAAAUUACAGUCGAAUUUACUUACAAAGAUUUUGUAUAAAGUGGAGUCUUCCUUGAAUGAGGAGGUGGAAACCUGGCUUACGGAUCCAACGGUCGUCUCAACAGACAUAUCAAAGAAAAUGUUCCUCACAGGAGUAGAACAUUUACAGAACAUGUCUCUGAAAGUGCCAGAAUGUUUUCGCAAUACGAACGGCUAUUGUGUAAGUUACUUAAAAGUUUAAAUAUAUUAAUUUGCAAGAUA